GUGACUUGUCAGCAGUUCAGUUCAGUCACGUGAGGUAGCAGGAGGAGGCUCGAGCGUGCACACAGUCCGCAGCCGGAGCUCGCGCUGCUUCCAAAGAGAUUCCGUGAUGGAUUUGAGAGUUUCUCCGGUGUUAGCUUUAAUCCUCCGUGUUUCUGCGAUGCUUGUUCUAACCCUCGGUGCUCCUGCGGUUCUCUGCUCCUCUGAGGAGUACAUCCUGAACGAUAAAGACGGACUGGGGAGAGAGUUUGACGGGGUCGGAGGUCUGAGCGGCGGAGGGGCGACGUCUCGUUUGUUGGUGAAUUACGCAGAGCCGUACCGCAGUCAGAUAUUAGACUACCUGUUCAAGCCAAACUUUGGAGCCUCUCUGCACAUAUUGAAGGUGGAGAUAGGAGGGGACGCUCAAACUACAGAUGGCACCGAGCCGUCGCACAUGCACUAUGAAAAUGACGAGAACUACUUCAGAGGUUAUGAGUGGUGGCUGAUGAAAGAGGCCAAGAAGAGAAACCCAGACAUCACUCUCAUAGGGCUGCCCUGGGCGUUUCCCGGUUGGGUUGGUCACGGUAAAAACUGGCCGUAUGAUUUCCCAGACAUCACUGCGACGUACGUGGUGAACUGGAUCAUUGGUGCCAAACAGUACCACGACCUGGACAUCCAAUAUGUCGGGAUUUGGAACGAGCGAAACUAUGACAGCAAGUACAUCAAGCUGCUGCGCUACACUCUGGAUAAGAGCGGUCUGGAGGGGGUCAGGAUCAUAGCCAGUGACAACCUGUGGGAGCCCAUUUCUCUGACUCUGCUGCUAGACCCUGAACUCAGCACAGCUGUAGACGUGAUAGGGGCUCACUACCCGGGCACCACCACCGUGCUGGACGCUCUGAAGACGCAGAAGAAGCUGUGGUCGUCGGAGGACUACAGCAGCUUCAACGACGAGGUGGGAGGAGGCUGCUGGGCCCGGAUCCUGAACCAGAACUACGUCAACGGACUCAUGACGGCGACGAUCUCGUGGAACCUGGUGGCGAGUUACUACGAGACUCCAUUUGGUAGAGACGGACUGAUGACGGCCGAGGAGCCGUGGAGCGGAAACUAUGUGGUGGAGUCUCCGAUCUGGAUCACAG